AUGACAAAACUCUCUCCUAAAGAGGUUUCCCUUUACUUGUUACUUCUACCACCAGUUUGUUUUCUCGCUACAGCUGCCCUGCAACAGUUACGGGCCGUCGAGGAAUCUCUAUUACCUUUCUUGUAUUACCAUUUCAGAGCAAGGGAUAUACCGUUUAUAAUGGUUGGCAUUGUGUUUAUUUGGGCAUAUGUGAUUACGGCCUCCCUCAGUGUCAUUGCACAGUCAUUUGGAGUAAAGAAUGGCUAUGAUAAUAAUGAACCGCGAGCCUACAGAUCAUCGGUCAAAGGGGCAUUGGCAAGAAUGAUAGCUGCUCAUCAAGUAGCUCUGGAGAAUGCUCCAGCAUUCUUCGCCGCAGUAAUUAUCGCGUCAGCUAACAAGGUGCCUUUGAAAUACAGAACUAG